CUCAGUGUCGCUGGGAACGUCGAAGGAGUAGUAUCGUGCCGCUCUCUCCUCGUUCCUCUCCUACAAAAUAACACAAAACAUGUUUCCUCUCAAGUAUAACCUAUCGUUAAUAUUUCCUCCGUGAACAAAUAAAUAGCUAUUGCAAUUGUGCUAUGGAUAAAGGUUACUUUUUCUAUUCUUAACGAAUUUCGAAAAUACUCCUAUAUAUCCCUAUAUGUGAAUUGAAACGUGUCUAAAAGUCAUGAGUACUUGUUAUAAAAUACAGUGAAAAAAAUACAAUUAGCGAUUGACACUACACAAACAACUGAUUGAAAUAAACAGUUUUUUAGUUUGUGUCUCACUGGGAGAAAUAUUUUCGACUAGCGGACAAAUUAAAAAAACAAUUACACCGGCGAAAAUUGUGUCAAAAUGAAUAAUGCUAUUUAGUGGAAAAUAGGCUUGGGUGAAGACCAUGCCAUACUCGCCGCUCGUAAGAAUGCUGAUCCCCUUCCUGAGUGCCGCCAUAGUUGUGGUGUCAGUGGGAGAUGCAGCUGAGAAGAGCUUGACCAUAGCGGCCGGGGAUCACAGCUCACCUCUCGGCCCUGCCCAGCCAUAUUUCGUCUACCACGAGUCUAUCAACGUCACCGGAAUGCUAGGAAAAACUGCCGUCCUCAACUGCCGGGUGAAAAACAUUGGUAACAAGACGGUGUCGUGGAUUCGGCACAGGGACAUUCACCUGCUGACAGUAGGCGGGUUCACCUACACCUCGGACGCAAGGUUCUCAGCCCGCCACGUAGAAGGUUCUGAGGAUUGGCUGCUUCUCGUCCACUACCUUCAGGAGAGAGAUGCUGGCCAGUACGCGUGUCAGAUCUCCACCACGCCUCCUCACAGCCAUUUUGUCCACUUGACAGUAGUUGAACCCGAGACAGUGAUCGAAGGGCCAGCUGAUGUUUACAUAAACACGGGAAGUCGACUGUCUCUCACCUGCAGCGUGAGGUACAGUCCUGAACCCCCUGCCUUCAUCUUCUGGUACCAUGAUGACAAGCUCGUGCCCUACGGCAAGGGUCGUGACGAAGUAGUUGUAUCAACGGAAGGUGGGCGAGGGGACGAGGUGGGUGUGGUCAGCACUUCGCAAUUGCUGGUUCAGGUGGUGAAGCAGCGUCACUCAGGUGUGUACAGGUGUGCCCCUGCCAGCUCCAACAGUAAGGAGGUCACUGUACAUGUUAUUGCUGGAGACCAGCCGGCAGCCAUCGUCCACGAUAACAACGGCUUAGCUGAAAACAGCGGUGUGACGGACCUCAAUACCCAUUGUGUUUACUUCCUUUUAGGCAGUCUUAAUUACUUACUCAUGCGCCUGUCCUAACCUAAAUUUGUGUAACCUUGCCCACCCGAUCCUAGUCUAUCCUGGCCUAACAUAAAUCAAUAUAUCUUAGUCUAGUUGAGAGUGGACUAGCCUCUACGUAGCAGAGUUGAAUUUCAACUAGCCAUGUUCUGGUGUAGGAAGUGUAGCGUGUAAAUGCAUAUAUCUAAACUAGAUUAGUAUAUAACAUAACGUAGUUAAUCUGUCUUGUCAUAAAUAUAUCCUAACCUAACUUAUAUUUAAUGUACAUGGUUUUAGAGUAAUGAACCUUACAUUAUAUUCUACAUCGGAUUUCCAAUCUUAAAGAUGGUUUGAGAUUAUAUAUAUAU